CAUUACAUCAAAGAAAAGAUUGAGAAAUGUCGCGACAAAUGUAAGAUGGCAGAACUGUCCAUGAAUUUUUGAAGUUAAAUAGUGUUUACAAUCUUCGUCAAAGCUAUACUGUUUGAACGUUAGGUUAUGAUUGUCAUCGAUGUGAAGUUCAUCUUUACAUUACUGUUUGAAUUUGCAUCUAUUUAGACACAAAAAAACUUUAAAAUGAAGAGACUCUUACGAAGCAACCGUAAUCAGCCAAUAAUUGAAUUAUCAGAUUCAGAUGAUGAGGAUAAAAACUUUCAACUAUUAACAAUAUCAAAAUUUGAAGAUAAAGACUAUAUAAUGGAAGAUAGUAAAACAAAAAAGAAAAUUAUAGAGAAUAAUAAGGAGUCAACAAAGAAGAAGAUAAAGAAAAGUACACAGGAUAAAGUUGUUAAAUCUAGAAAAAGAAAAAGUCAAGAAGGAAAUUUAGAAACAUUUAGUAACAAAAAGCCAAAACUAGAAGAAUCAUCAUUAGAUGAUUAUUCAAAUGCAGAAAAAUUGCAACAAAAUCAGAAAGAUUUUAUCAAAACUGAUAUAAAGCAAGAUAUCAAAAUUAAAGAAAAAUUUAAUUCCAACUUUUUAGAAUGUAUGGAAUGGACAAUUGUUGAUUACGUAAGUGAGACUAAUAAAAUAGAUAAAUACAUUGUGAAUAAUGUAGUAAAGCUUUUUGAAGAGGACAACACUAUACCUUUUAUUGCAAGAUACAGAAAAAAUAAGACCAGAUCUAUGGAAGCCGAUCAGUUGAGAGCACUUAAAGACAGUUUUGAGGAAGCAAGAAUUAUUAAACAACGCGCUGCAACAAUCUUGAAAACCAUUGACAAAUCGGGAAAAUGGUCACCAGAAAUUCACUCUAUUAUAACAUCUGCAAAAUCUCUUGCUGAUUUGGAAGAUAUUUAUUCCUUAUAUAAGCCAACAUCAAAGCGAUCUUUGGCAGAGAGAGCAAAAGAGUUAGGCCUGGAAAAUAUUAGCAAUGCUGUUUUACACGGACAGAAAAUAAUUCCAUUAGCAUCCCUCAUAAAUGAGGAAAAAGAAGGCUUGCAAAAUGAGCAACAAGUGAGAAAUGGUAUUGUACACAUAAUAGCAGAUGUUAUUACUAAGGAUAAAAAGGUUUUUAAUGCAGUGGCAUCUUUUCGGAGAACAUCUAUCAUUUACAUACAAACGUCGCAAUGUAAAGCAGCGGUAGAUUCGAACAAUGCAAAUGCAGCAAAUGAGCAAAAGUAUAAAUCGUAUUUUAAUUUUAAAUCAAGUGAGAAUAUUAUUAAGCCAUAUCAAAUACUGGCCAUUAAUCGAGCCGAAUCGCAAAAGAUUAUCAGUGUGAAAAUUAUAGUUCCGGAUACUUUUGAACAUUCGUUCAAAGAGUAUUGUUUAUCACAAUACACGUAUCAGCUGACAGGAAAUAUAACAAAGUUGCAUCGGGAUUUAAUUAGCGAUAGUAUUGAUUACGCUUACAAGAAAGUGAUUAAACCUCAAGUGAUACGUCGAAUACGGAGUGGAAUGAAGGAAAGAGCGGAAAAAGCAUCUAUACAGGUAUUUGCGACUAAUGUUAAACAAUUGUUGCUCACUCCUCCUGUACGAGGUAAGAUUAUUCUUGGCAUAGAUCCGGGUUAUUAUCACGGAUGUAAACUUGCUGUUAUAUCGGAACACGGUAACGUUCUCGAGACAACUGUGAUACAUCCUCACAAGAAUAACUCUUCAUUUUCCAUUGCGGCUAAUACUUUGGCGAAAUUAGUGAACAAGUAUAAAUGCACGGUAUUAGCUCUAGGAAACGCUACAGCAUGCAGAGAAACUGAACUUUUUUUAACAAAGAUGAUUCAAUCAAAGAUGUUUGGUUCAUUAGACGUGACGUACACCAUCGUUGAUGAAGCUGGAGCAUCGAUUUACAGUUGUAAUGCUGAAGCGAAAUCAGAAUUCCCGGAUCUCGAUCCAAAUCUAGUGUCAGCUAUCUCGAUAGCCAGACGCUUGCAGGAUCCACUUGCGGAACUAGUUAAAAUAGAACCAAAACAUUUAGGAGUCGGGAUGUAUCAGCAUGAUCUUCCUGAAAAGCAAUUGAUGACUGCGUUGGAUGAAGUUAUCACAGAGGUUGUGAGUUUUGUAGGAGUUGAUGUGAAUACAGCAUCCCAGUGCCUUCUGCGAAGAAUAGCCGGUCUCACAAAUUCUAGAGCUGCAAACAUCAUAGAAUGGCGAAUUAAACAUGGACCAUUCAGAAACAGGGAACAAUUGUUAGACGUGAAGGGUAUCGGCAAGAAAACGUUUGAACAGUGCACGGGAUUCAUAAGAAUUCGACCGGAAACAGCAAUGAUUAGCAAAACCACAACAAAAGAGAGUAAAAUAUCGAAGAAUGAUCUUAAUCUCUUGGAUCAAACGUGGAUCCAUCCGGAAUCGUAUGCGAUAGCGAAUAAAUUCCUAAAACACUGCCAAUGCAAGUUGGACGAUCUUGGUACUCCGGCAUUUAUCGAACGAAUAAAUUUACACGCGAAAGUAGGAUGUGCUAAAUUAGCUGCGCAAUUUGAUACUGAUGAGACGACUAUGGAAAUUAUAAUUAAAGCUUUGACCAUGAAAAAAGACGAGGAUAUACGAUUAAAGUCGAAUUAUCCGGUGUUUCGCGACAGUAUGCGAAGUAUCCAUGAUUUGAGCGUUGGUACCAUAUUGACUGGUGUUGUGCGAAAUGUUACGCAUUUUGGAACUUUUGUAGACGUGGGCGUCGAAAAGGAAGGAUUGAUACAUGUUACACGUAUGAAACAUCAGACUGUGCAUAUAAGCCAACAUGUGGAAGUAAAGGUAAUCACAGUCGAAGUGGCAUCUAAAAGAAUCGGUCUUGAACUAAUAAGGACAUUAUAAGUAAUCGAAUUAGUCUUUCCGGAUUUACGAUAAAGAAUUUUUGCUACAUUGGUGUAAAAAAUGUUUAUAUCAUGAAUACAAUGUUUUAUUUUGCUUAUAUAUAUAUAUAAACUUUAUAUUAUUUAUGUGUAUAUGUAAUUUGUAUUAAAAUUAUAAAGAAGAAAUGAUAAAAACUACUAUACUUUUGCACCAAUAUAAUAUCUAAGUUAAUAACAUUGCUUAACAAAAUGUUUAUAAUAUAAUAUGAUAAAACGCUUAUAAUAACUAUUAUAUUAGCCAUGUGAUAUUUAUAUUAAGUGAAAAAAAUAUCACCAUUGGUUGGUGAUAAAUAUAUCUUCGUA